AUGGCCCGUGCAUUUGCAAUCAGAAACCUUUACGAAAUGAACUUCAAGCCAUUAUCAGCAUGCAUUUUAAUGAGCUUGGCCAGUCAAAUAACAUUGGCGAUUUUAUGCUUUGCUAUACCUUUCCAAGACAAAUUAGGUACUUUCAUCAGUAUACAACUCCCUGUUAUUUACGUUAACUACGUUAUUAUUGGAAUUCCACUUUUUAAUUCCAUUUGGGGCGAAGCAAACAACGCAAUCACCGCUGUUAUUAUCAUGAGUAAUGAUAUCGUUAUUGUCCCCAUUUACCAGAUUCUUGGCGCCAUUUAG